AUGGCGGAUCUAGAGGAGCAGUUGUCUGAUGAGGAGAAGGUGCGGAUAGCAGCAAAAUUCAUCAUUCAUGCCCCUCCAGGAGAAUUCAGUGAGGUGUUUAAUGAUGUUCGAUUACUGCUUAACAAUGAUAAUCUUCUCAGGGAAGGAGCAGCCCAUGCAUUUGCACAGUAUAACUUGGACCAGUUUACUCCGGUAAAAAUUGAUGGCUGUGAAGAUCAGGUAUUGAUAACAGAACAUGGUGACUUGGGAAAUGGAAAGUUUUUGGAUCCAAAAAACAGAAUCUGUUUCAAAUUUGAUCACCUAAGAAAGGAAGCCACCGAUCCAAGACCCUAUGAAGCAGAAAAUGCAAUUGAGUCAUGGAGAACUUCAGUAGAAACUGCUCUACGUGCUUAUGUAAAAGAACAUUACCCAAAUGGAGUUUGCACUGUAUAUGGUAAAAAAAUAGAUGGACAGCAGACAAUUAUUGCAUGCAUAGAAAGCCAUCAGUUCCAAGCAAAAAACUUUUGGAAUGGUCGUUGGAGGUCCAAGUGGAAGUUUACAAUCACUCCUUCAACCACUCAAGUGGUUGGCAUCUUGAAAAUUCAGGUUCAGUACUAUGAAGAUGGUAAUGUUCAACUAGUGAGUCAUAAAGACAUACAAGAUUCCCUGACAGUGUCUAAUGAGGUGCAAACAAAUCAGAACAUUAUUAGUGGCCCAGAGUACAGUAUUGCUGUGUUGAUAGUAUUUAAAGGAGAUGAAAACAACGUGAUUUAUGAGGUCUCCCAUGUUGACUUUCAAGAAACAUCCAGUACAGUAUUUAAUAAUCUAGGGAACCUCUAA